AUGAUUUACAAUGUACGAAAUGAAUCGAGAGCAAAUUUCAGGAAUAUUUAUCAUUUAGCGAACUAUGUGUCGUGUUUAUCACCGAACGAUUUGACGAAUUGCUCGUAUAUCGAGGAAUCGGAUAUUGGUUACGCGAAAGAUUACCUCGAUUCAUGCCGUCCAUAUCGCGCAGACCUGAUCAAAUGCCGUCAAGGAUGUGACGAGAAUGAAGACGAUGAAUCGGGCGAGAAUGCGUGUGACGAGCCGUGUGAUCACGUGCCACUCAACUGUAGUACACAAAUGAUUUUCGACAUAUUCUAUCGAAUUCUACCGAAGAAUCUCGAUGAAAAGCCGUUGUAUGUGAACGCAUUCCUGCCAAUAUUCACAAUGAUGGCCUAUCAGGCGCGUGGUUACUAUCAAGUGAAUGCACAAAAGUAUGUGAAGUUGCAGAAUGCGUUUCGAGACUAUGCAAAAGAACAUCGGCAAGAGUUUGUUUUGAAA